UGGCAUGCGUGUACAAUGUUGAAGGCUUUUCAAUUAGUAUGAGAAACAUCUCCCUAUUUCAACCAUAAUAUUGCCAUUGACCUUCAUGAUGCUGUCUCUACAGAGCAUAAGCAAGCAAUAACGUUCAUACUACAAUCACUUAACGUUACAACGCCUAUUAUUGAUUUACUGCCGUAUACAAUUUUGCUUUGACCCCAAAAUAUCCUAACCUAUUGUUGAAACCAUAUGGUUGGGGGAAAAAUAUCCACUUUUCCAUGCACCGGUAUACGUUUAUCGAGUUGUUGGCUUAAAUAUCUGUCACUCAUUAAUUUGAGGUUUCCUAUUGGCUGGAGAUCACGGGCAUAGGCGGAUGUUAUCGGCGGGGCACUGUUGGGGCCGGAUUGAAGGGUCGGACAGGAAAAGAGAAGGAAGGCGAGGACAUCUGUAACGAAAACGGUAUUAAAACGAGGAAAUAUUCCGUCUCUCACAGUUGAAGUGUACCUAUGAUAAAAAUUACAGACCUCUACAUGCUUUGAUUGGCAGGUAGCCUAGUGGUUAGAGAGUUGGGCCAGUAACCGAAAGGUUGCUGGAUUGAAUCUCCGAGCUGACAAGAUGGCUGCGAUCCGUAAGAAGCUGGUGAUCGUGGGAGAUGGUGCUUGUGGGAAGACCUGUCUGUUGAUAGUCUUCAGUAAAGACCAGUUCCCUGAGGUCUAUGUACCUACAGUGUUUGAGAACUAUGUGGCAGAUAUUGAGGUGGACAGUAAGCAGGUGGAACUGGCCCUCUGGGACACAGCCGGACAGGAGGACUACGACAGACUAAGGCCUCUCUCCUACCCUGACACUGACGUCAUUCUCAUGUGCUUUUCCAUAGAUAGUCCUGACAGCUUGGAGAAUAUCCCAGAGAAGUGGACCCCUGAAGUAAAGCACUUCUGUCCAAAUGUGCCCAUCAUUCUUGUGGGUAAUAAGAAGGACUUGCGGAAUGACGAGCACACACGUCGGGAGUUAGCAAAAAUGAAGCAGGAACCAGUGAAGCCAGAGGAGGGCCGGGACAUGGCUAACCGCAUCAACGCGUUUGGCUACUUGGAGUGCUCAGCCAAGACGAAAGACGGUGUGAGGGAGGUGUUUGAGAUGGCCACCAGGGCGGCGCUGCAGGCCAAGAAACGUGGCAAGAAGAAUGCCUGUCUCCUGCUAUAGAGAGCUGGGGAAAGAAGGGAGGGCAGGGGGAAAUAAAUCAGGCCAAGGAAAAUGCUGCACCCCUCUGUCUCCAUCUGUGGAAGGGUGGGGGAGGUUCGAGGUGGGCAAGGGAGAAAAAGAUAAUUAACAAGGCCUAAGGAAAUGGAGAAGGUCAAAUGUAAUGAAAAGGGGAGUUUACAUUUUUAAGGCCAGGGUGGUCGUCAACGGCUUUCAGUAUAAGAUUAUCGUAUGGUUAACAUUUUUUAUUGGGUCUUGGAUGACUAGAAGGGUAAAGCAAAAAACACUAUCUCUGGUAAACUUAUGUCUGAGUGUGGUAGUGAUCUCUGAGGGACGGGAUAAGAUUGGUGUUCUUGAUCGGUCAGAAACCCCAGGGCUAUUGGCCUGGUUCAUAGAGCGGAGCAUCAUCAGAGAAAAGGGGGGAUAGAUUACAUCAGAAUUAAUGUAUGUUCUCCUGACUCUCGGUGACCUCCUUGGCUUGCAGUGUGUCUGUGCUUGUCUUUCAUUUCUGUCCAGCCAUACCAUAGGUGUUUAUUUUCUUUGUUCUCCCUAUGGAUAGACUAACCCUAUCCUUGUGUGGACCAGCACCUCCUUCUAUGAUAUUAUUGGUCCAAUCACAUUGUUCACUUGAUACAAGCAAUUUAGAUUUAUUUAAAUAGCUAAAUGUUUUUAUUUGCCUUUGACUAUAGAAUUCAUAUUAAAAUGCAUACAAUAAUGAUACCAACUGAUUUUUGUUAGUUUUAUAAGCCUGUUCAUAAAUUGUAAUGAAAAAUAAUUUUAGAAUUUGGUUUUGUCAUAAGUUGGGCUCAAGUCAGAUAAAGAUGUACAUUUGAUGUGGACUUUUGUAUUAAGUGAUACUAAGUUUAGCAAAUUUGGGGUUUUGCAAAUUUGGUAUUUUCUGCUUGCAGAUUGUUUUUGCCUGCAUGCCAGGCUGUUAUUGGGAGUGAGUUUUAAAUGUUGACCUAUUUCUCACUCCCUCCAGUCCACCCCUCACUCCGUCUUUCUAACAACUGUUGAUGAUGUCUUAUGGCUUAUCCUAUAUCAGUUAUGCAUAUUUAGCAAAUCUAGUAACUUUAGAAUGAAAGUUUAAAAAUAAAAUGCAAAAUGCUUAAAGUAAUUCAUGAAUAAGAAUAACAAGAUGUCAAACUAUUAAAUACAAGUAACUUUAAAAAGAUCUUGGUCAUUUGUGAGGGGGGAGGGUUCUUGUAUACAAAUGCAUCCUCACAUUUCCUCAGUCCUUUUAAAUGUACUCUAAGAAAAUAAAUUGUUAUAGGGAAUGA